ACUGGACAGGUCUGCUCCGACUCUUGCAUGGUAAAGCCAAAGAAGGGUUCAACUCACGGGCUGUCUUGGGCACCUACUUGGCCAUCUCACGGACUGAUUUCCUGGACUAGAUCACUACCGAUAUGAUGCGAUCUCUUCCUCUCCCUUUCCAAAUUAUUUUGAGACUGUAAUUUUGCAGGCGAUGUUCAACCUUUGUAACACACGUUCAGAUAUUCAGGGCACAGCAUGUUGUCAGACACGAAAUUUUGCUCUACGUAAUUCUCUUUCCUUCGCUCUUCACGCAGACCAAGCGAGGGUUGCAUGAUCUCAGAGCUUGGUCCAUCCUUGAAAGCAGCAUCCAGAGUUCAUUAAGUUUAAACCUUCCAAGUGGUAUCAAGCGAGGUGAAAACGAGGGAGAGGCGAACACGACUGGGAAUCAUAACAGAAUUGUGAUAUUGACUUCACUGGCAUUGAUUCCGGAAGAUUCGCCAGUUGUUUAUUUUGGUUACUUGUUAACAACGUCUGGAAAUCUGAUAUGCUUUUCUCGAGCCUGACCCAGUGCCAAAACAGAUCAGAAGCUCGUAAAUCCUUCAAUCAGGGGACGACACUACAACCAAUCCAUUCACCAAUUAGCAAGAUCAGCCUUGUUGCUCGAACGCAGUCAAAUGCUAAUUAAGCUACAGCUAGCUAAAACCCACUGAUUCCACAUCCCUUUGCAUCACUUGGCGUAUUCCCGUAAGCAGCCACCACCAAAUCCCGCAAAUCCCGUCACCUGCACAAGCUGAUUACUACAACACAAACACAGACCUGACUAGCUCCCUCGUAACGAGCUUGAACUGCAUCUCUUUCUCCGGGGAAUAGCUGGGGUUUGAACAUAGUUCUGAGACUAAAUUGACAGCCUUGAAAAUGCUGCAAGAAUGUUCUCUCGCUUUGUCAUGCAUCUCCCUCCUCAUUGACCCAUGACGAUACCCAAGCCCAUCCAGCCCACCACUCCUCCAUCAACUAAUAUAACACUACCCCUCCACUCUCCCAGAUGGAAGUCCUAACCUCCUUCUACCUAUCCACAAUCCCCUUCCUGAACACAUCCAUCACGUUCCCCUCAUCAUUCCACCAAAACACCUUCGAAAUGUCGUUCGGCUCACGAGGUCUCCCCUGGAACGAGGGCGAGAAGGAAAUGCAUCGCAUCAUGCACGUGUCCGGGCAAGGUAAUCCAAACUCACCAUUCUUAUCUCCCGGCGCGGGAUAUAUGAUCCAAGGUGCUCCGUUACUAGCGCUCGGUACAUUAGAUGAGCAGGAUCGGCCGUGGACGACUAUCUGGGGAGGAGAUCCCGGGUUUGGGAGACCGGUUGCGAAGAAUGUGGUGGGGGUGAAGACGGUGGUGGAUAGGAGGUUUGAUCCUGUUGUUGAGGCGUUGUUGGGUGGUGCGGGAGAGGGGGAGAUUGUGAGGGAGGAGGGGGAGGGGAGGAUGGUGGGGGGUUUGACGAUUGAUUUGGAGAGUAGGAUGAGGGUUAAGUUGCAUGGGCAUAUGAUUGCUGGUGCUAUGGAGGUAAGUGGAGAUGGGAGGGGAGAAAAGGAAGUUGGGAAUAUGCAGUUGGUUGUGAGUAUUAAUAAGAGUGUCGGCAACUGUCCAAAAUACCUAAAUUCAAAACGGAUUGUUCCCUUCACACCUCAACCAAAACUUAUUUCAGACUCGCCUCAGCUUCCACCUGAAGCUCUGGCACUAUUGGAGAAAGCAGAUAUGUUCUUCAUGUCCUCCUCUGACGGCUCAGAAGAUGUAGACACGAACCACCGAGGUGGUCCAGCUGGCUUCGUCAGAGUCAUCUCAAAUGAUCAGUCAGGGGCCGUCCUCGUUUACCCAGAGUAUUCUGGCAACAGAAUGUACGAAACCCUGGGGAACCUCAAGAUGAACCCUUUGGCCGGUAUCACUGUCCCCGACUUCGACUCAGGAGACGUAUUGUACCUGACGGGGAAAACCGAGAUUCUGAUAGGAAAAGAAGCUAGCUCCGUAUUGCUGAGGUCCAACCUGGCAGUAAAACUCACCAUUACCUCCGCUCGCUUCGUGGAGAAAGGACUCACAUUUAAAGGCAUACCAGAAGAAUUAUCUCCUUACAACCCACCCGUCAAAUAUGCAGCCAACGAGAAGAUCGCACAUAUCAACGUCACAUCCGAGCAACUUAACUACGCAACUCUCGUCAGCACCACUAAGCUCACACCAACGAUAUCUCGUUUCCGCUUUCGCAUAGAAGAUCCCUCAGCCAUAGCCACCUGGAAGCCAGGACAGUAUGCUACACUGGCAUUUGAGGAUUAUCUUGACCAAGGGUACAGUCAUAUGCGAGAUGAAGACCCACAAUCACUGAACGAUGAUUUUAUGCGAACUUUCACUGUGUCGAGCCCUCCCUCGACCUCAAGCGGGACGACAAACGCCAAUGACGAGUUUGAACUCACUAUCCGCAAAGUAGGACGCGUAACCAACUUCCUAUUCGAACAACAACGCCGCGCAAACCUGAGAGGCGGCUUUCAAGUCCCCCUAAAGGGCUUUGGCGGGGAAUUUCGCUUCGCAAAGAAAGAAGCUGGUGGGAUUAUUCCUGUCAUUGCAGGAGGAAUUGGCAUCACACCUCUGCUAGGGCAAGUUGACAGUAUGGAUGUGAACCAGUUGAGAUUACUGUGGGGGAUUGGAGUUGGGGAUAUUGGGCUUGUGGCUGAUACUUUGAAGAGGUAUCCUCAGCUUGUUGAGGCGACGACGGUGUUUUUAUCGGGUGAGGACGCGGAUUUGGAUUUGAAGGAGUUGAGGUUGUUGAAAGACGUGGUGGAUACUGGGGUUAAGAUUGAGAGGAGGAGAUUGGGUGAGAGGGAUGUGGCAAGAGUUAAUGAGGAGGUGGGUGUUGAUGAGUGGUAUAUGUGCGUAGGGCCCAGGCUGAAGAGUGAAGUUUUGAAUUGGCUAGCAGGCAGGAGAGUAGUUUAUGAAGACUUUGGAUAUUAA